CUUCUCAUUCAUUGAUUCAUUCAUCAAUCGUCUUUCUCUCUUCAGCUGCCAAUAUAAAUACUGAGAAGUAGCGAAUCGUUUUCCAUUCAUUUUACUCAAACUCAACACUCACAACACAAAUACAAAGAUAUUUUCACAAUUCAUAUAGCUUAGUGAUGCAACCACAUAUAUAUAUAUAGUUUAGUUUCUAUUUCUUUACAUACACAUAUUUUGAUAAUUCAUAGAUAGUGGAGGCUGAAGCAACAUUUGUUGGAUUCAUCAAGCAUGGGAGAUGAUGAGUUUCAGGCAAGUGGGAAUUGGUGGGACACAGCAAGAAACGUGAGCGGGGCAUCACAGUCAUCUUCCUCUCCCAUCACCAACUUUGGUUGGCAACCUUCAGAUAUGGCUGCCAUGAAGCCAAGGUCUUCCAUGGAUUCUUCUUCUGUGGUUUUCCAUGAAUCACAGAAUAAGCUUCGGCCACCAGAUUCUGCCACUUCCACUGACCCCAACUUGCACAUGAUGGCUCUAGGCCUUUCAUCCCAAGCCAUGGAUUGGAAUCAAGCAUCUUUGUUGCGAGGAGAUCAAAAGGGUCCCGAGAACAGUUUCAGGUCGAUGUUGCAAGAGAAUUUGGGCUCAUCAAGAGCCAAUUUUCAGCAAGAAACUGGGAUGGGGUUGUCUCAACAAGUUCAAUGGAGGUCAGAGAAGAUGUUUUCUGUAGAGUCAUCAAGCAAUGAGUUCAAGCAGGUGAAUAGGGGUUUCUCUUUGGAUCAAAGCCAGUUUAGUCCUCAAUAUAGCUCUGGUGACAGCACAGUGACAAGCCAAGGGUUACCCUCUUCUAAUUUUCAGAUGGAUUCCUCAGCCUUAUAUGGGAACCCUUCAAUGUUGCAAGGACUAUUGGAACCUGACAAUAAUAACCAACCUCAUCAACAACAACCUUCUAUGAGUUUUCCAUACCCAACAAGCUAUGGAUUAAACUCUAAUGAGUUGGUCCCUUCUUGGUCCAAAGUUCCUCAAUUCUUGAGAGCUUCACCUCCAAAACAACCACUUAAUAACCAGUUGCAUUUCACUAACAACGCACCCUUUUGGAAUGCUUCUGAGCCUGCAAACAUCAAAGAUGUUCGAUCUAAUAGUUCCUUCCCCUCCUUGCAACCCCCCUUCUCCACUCCAUAUUUUGAAGUACAAUCAAAGAAUAUAUCUGAAGUUAGGGAUUCGGGUACUGUGGUAAAGAAAAGUGGGAAUGAGCCAGCACCCAAAAGGACCCGUAACGAAACACCAUCUCCUUUGCCAGCUUUUAAGGUGAGAAAAGAAAAGAUGGGGGACAGAAUCACUGCACUCCAACAAUUGGUGUCGCCUUUCGGAAAGACUGAUACAGCCUCAGUGCUCUCUGAAGCCAUCGAAUACAUCAAACUCCUCCACGAACAGGUCACUACUUUCAGUACUCCGUAUAUGAAAAGUGGAGCUCCAAUACAGACUCAACAGCUUUUUGAUGCAGAAUUCUGGUAAAUCUAAGGAAGCUGAGGGUCCAAAGCAGGAUCUUAGAAGCCGAGGGCUGUGCUUGGUGCCGGUUUCGAGUACAUUUCCAGUUACUCAUGAAACCACAUUUGAUUUUUGGACACCAACACCAACAUACGGAGGAACUUCAAGAUAACAAUGAUUAUCACAAUAAGGGUAAAAUGCAUUUUAGAUCUUUCAAUUUUUUUAUAAUUCUUAUAUUUUAAAAAAUGAUGAUUUUUGUUUUCAUAUUUUGAUAAUUAGUGAAUUUUGUCCUCUUCAUAAAUUUACAAUUUUAGGACAAGGACCAAAUUCACCUAUUAUCAAAAUAUGAGAACCAAAUUUUAAUGAAAAAUUGAAGGAUCUACAACAUAUUUUAGCCUAACAAUAAUAAUGGAUUGAUGGAGAAUUUGAGCACGGAAGCAAUACCGGUGCAAGUAGCUAGCUAGGGCAUGCAUGUACCUUAUCACACACCUGGCCAAGUUGGGAAUGAUAUGAUGAAAGAAAAGAGAAACAAAGAAAGAGGACAAGGAAGGCCACAUAAAUAUGUAAAGGUAGUUAGUUCUGCUGGGAUGUGGAAAAGAUGUAUAAAAAAGAGAUGGGAAAAAAUGUGUUUGAAAGAGAAAGAAAGGGAAAUGACCCUUCAAAAGAUAGCCAUUGUUGGACCAACUACAUUCAGAAUUAUGCAGGGUUUGGGCAACAUUGGGACCAUUGGGGGGAGAAUAAUAAGUUGUUGUAAUAAUUGAAGAAUUAUGCUUAGAAUAGUGGGAUUAAUUAAUUAGUCAUGAGAACAAAAUUGCUGAAUAUAGAGAAAGUUCUUAUUUGUUAGACUAAACAAGAGGGAAAAAUUGUUGUUAGCAGAAGAUAAAGAAGCUUUAUUAAUUUCUUGUUGCUAUAUUGUGAAUAGAGCUGGCACUACGUACCUUUAACUCAAGAGAAAAGGAAUUUAAUUUAAGAGAAUCAUUGGAGUAUAGAAUAGAAGAGUAGUGAGUGAAGGGAUGCGUCAUUUGAUUGGAAUCCUCACUUUUUAUUUGUUUAUGUCUUUGGAAUAAGUAAGUGGAAGUCAGAAGGUGGCCCACACACUCCCUUUAGGGUUUUCAUAAAUUUUCAAAUCAAAUGUUUAUUUAUCAGAAAGAUAUAUUAAUUACAAAGAUAUUAAUAUUUUGGA